AAGAAACCCAAAUUCAAGUUUCAAUCUUUAACCACUCCACUCGACAAAGAAGCAAUAUUGAAUCAAAUCCCAUCUCAACAAUAGUCGAUACCGCUCCCAAAUCAAAACCCUAACAUUGUUCUUGAGCUUAGAGAUCAAUGACUUUGUCAGAGAUCGAAAUUGUAUCAGAGUCUUCAAAAGACAACAAGAACAACAAGAACGACACCGCAGCAGCAGGAGGAGGACAAGUUCCGCCAGAAGUGGUGCUGAUCUUUGACGUGUUUGGGGCUUCUGCUUACGGUGAUCUGCAGAAACUGCGGAAGUUCGUUGAAGAAGAUGGCGUUUCUCUCUCUCAACCAGAUGGUAAUGGCUACUACCCCCUUCAAUGGGCAUCUCUCAAUAACUUCGCUGAUGUUGCCCAGUAUAUUAUCGAGCAUGGUGGGGAUGUGCACACAGUUGAUAAUGUGAGGCAGACAGCAUUGCAUUGGGCUGCUGUUCGUGGUUCAGUAGCGGCAGCGGAUGUAUUGUUGCAGAAUGGAGCUCGUGUUGAGGCGGUUGAUGUAAAUGGUUAUCGGGCAGUUCAUGUUGCAGCUCAAUAUGGGCAAACAUCAUUCUUGAAUUUCAUAGUGGCCAAGUAUCAUGCCGAUUUUGAUGUACCAGAUAAUGACGGAAGGACCCCUCUUCAUUGGGCUGCUUAUAAAGGGUUUGCAGAUACAAUUAGAUUACUUCUUUUUUGGGAUGCCUUCCAAGGAAAACAAGAUAAAGAAGGUUGCACCGCUUUGCAUUGGGCAGCGUUGAGAGGAAAUGUGGAGGCUUGUGUUGUACUUCUACAUGCGGGGACAAAACAGGAAUUAACGGUAAAAGAUAGUGCUGGAUUUACUCCUUCACAGAUUGCAGCAGAUAGAGGCCAUCAUCAUGUUGCCUCAAUCCUUUCUAAUGCAAAUCGUGCACGCAACAACUGUUGGAAAGACAAAGCUUGCAUCAACAGAGUUGGGAAUAUAGGUUACGCUCCUAUUCUAUUCUGCAUAGUAUUUAUCAGCAUGAUAGUCUUCAUCAAUUCUGUUCUUUUUGCUUCUAAUCUUCUAAAGGUCACUGCUGUUGUUGGGCUCUGGGGAUGGACUGCUGUUUCUCUUUCGGUUGCUUCACUAUUGAUGUUUGUCCGCUGUAGCAGUAAAGACCCUGGUUAUGUGAAAACAUCGGGAGGUAUAAGAAAUGGUGCCGAUGCCGAGGGUCCUUUGUUGACUAUUGAUCUGACCAACACCUCUCAUUGGACCGGAAAUUGGUCUCAACUCUGUCCUACUUGCAAGAUAAUAAGACCGGUUCGCUCCAAGCAUUGUCCUACAUGCAAACGCUGCGUGGAACAGUUUGACCAUCAUUGCCCAUGGAUCUCCAAUUGUGUGGGAAAGAAGAAUAAAUGGGAUUUUUUUGUAUUCCUAUUAUUGGGAACUUUGACAUCGUUGAUAAGCUCCGUGGUCGCUGUUCACAGAAUGUGGACAUCUAUACCAGCAUUGCAAAGCGAAGAAUCUUGGAUUCAUCAUGUCGUUUUUCAACAUCCGGGUGCUGCUGUCUUUCUUUUUAUCGAUUUCCUGAUCUUGAUUGUUGCUGGAACUUUGAUCUUGAUACAAGGAUACCAGAUUAGUCGAAACAUAACAACAAACGAAUCAGUAAAUGCUACACGAUACGGGUAUCUUCAAGGAGCAGAUGGUAGGUUUCGUAACCCAUAUAACCACGGGUGGGUCAAGAAUUGUUCGGACUUUCUAAUUCGAGGCUAUACAGAUGAUGAUGACAUUGCUUGGCCUCCAUUGCAACAAGUUGCCAGAUAGUAGUAGUUAUCAUGUAUACCCUUUCAAUAAUACCAUACUUCAAAUUUUUUCACAGAAGUUUAUUAGGAGAACAUUAGCUCUUGGAUUUUGUAGAGAAUAGAAUUGUAAAAAAAGAAAGGUUUAAUAGACUUUUGCUCUUGUUGUUUCAUGUGAAUUAUUGCUAUUGGUGCUUAUUAAUGAAAAUAUUAUUAUAUU